GCCAUUCUAGAUUCUAUGCGAACGGCACAUAGUUCUGGUAAAACUGCAACAUUAAUCGAUAUAAUUUUCCAUAGAACAGUCGUAGUUUCAUUAUAUUACAGUGACUCUGCAGUUACUAUAUUACCGACCAAGCCAAGCGUUGCCGUGUGUUACCAUAGCGCUGGCGAUCAAACAACGCUUAUAUUAUUUAACCUCCAUCACUUUGUUCAUAACCAAUGUUUUGCUGCACACUGGUGGACGACAACUCGCUUUAGUGGUUCUUUAACUGAGAACAAAGAAAACAGGAAAAUGAAUUUCAAAUCAAGAUUUUUUAUUUUAUUUCUUUUCAUUAACAUUUUUGGCAACGCGGCAGCUCGGUCCAAGAGCGGAAAAAUGCCCGUGCAGCCGAUAAAGCUGUACUACUUGCCUCCAUCUCCGCCUUGUCGUGCUGUUAUGAUGACGGCCAGAGUAUUGGAACUAGACCUGCACCUUAUCACCACUAAUAUCAUGAACGGGGAGCACAUGACACCGGAAUACCUCAAGAUGAAUCCUCAGCACACAAUCCCGACUAUGGAUGACAACGGAUUCAUUCUUUGGGAAAGUCGGGCUAUUCAAACCUAUCUGGUCAAUGCAUACGGCAAAGACGAUUCUCUUUAUCCCAAGAAUCCUCGCCAACGUGCCAUUAUCGACCAGCGGUUGAAUUUUGAUCUUGGCACUUUGUACCUGAGAUAUCUUAAUUUAUACACACCUAUCCUGUUUCGAGGGGAAGCUUACGAUCAAGAGAAAGCCGACAAAUUCGACGAAGCGCUAGGUUGGUUGAACACGUUCCUGGAUGGUCGUCCCUUCGUAGCCGGAGAAAACAUGACUGUGGCGGAUAUCACUAUUGUUGUUACAAUCACUAAUAUUGAUGCAUUUGGUUACGACUUCAGCGCCCACGAAAAUAUUGCCAAAUGGUUCGAGAGGACAAAGAAAAUGUUGGAGCCCUACGGUUAUGACGAAAUCGACGUGACUGGAGCAAAAAUGCUGGCUUCUUUCUUGAAGAAGGAAUAUGAAUCGGCAGCAGGCCCCAAAAAGCUAGUGGCGCCUAUAAAACUGUAUUUUCUUCCACCGUCGCCACCAUGCAGAGCUGUCAUGCUGACAGCGAGUGUCUUGGGAGUUGAACUUGAGUUAAUAGCUGUGAACAUUUUAGACAAUGAACAUAAAACACCGGAAUACCUUAAGAUGAAUCCUCAACAUACUAUACCGACUAUGGACGACAAUGGAUUUAUUCUAUGGGAAAGUCGAGCCAUUCAAGCUUAUUUGGUAAAUGCGUAUGGAAAGAACGAUGCGUUGUACCCUAAGAACCCGCGCUUAAGAGCGAUAAUCGAUCAAAGGCUUAACUUUGAUCUUGGUACCUUAUCAAGAAGAUGGAUAGAUCUAUAUGUGCCAAUGUUGAUAAAAGGGGAACCAUUUGACGAUGAAAAAGGAGAAAAAUUAAAUGAGGCCCUGGAAUUGCUCAAUAUUUUCCUUGAAGGCCACGCUUUCGUGGCAGGAGAGAAUAUGUCCAUUGCUGAUCUAUCAAUUGUCGUUAUCAUAUCUAAUUUAGAUGCAGUUGAAUAUGACCUUAGCUCUUAUGAUAAUGUGAGAAAAUGGUUCGAGAGGAUGAAGAUUGCUCUAAAACCUUACGAUUAUGAGGACAUCGACCAGACCGGCGCCGAGAUACUUGCCUCGUUUAUAAAUAAGGAUGAUGAAUGAUCACAAAAAUAUAUCACCACCAAAACAUUUGUCAUAUGUGUAUCAUGGAAUAACGAGGAUCAUCUACUAGGGACUAUUUAAUUACAUAUAUCUCAAUCAUGUUAUAUGCACACUGAAACAUUAUGUAAUGAA